AUGGGAGGUCAUGGCUUGACUGACACUGCAAUUUUAUUCUCCGAUGAGGACGCGCUGGGCUCGGUACAAUGGUUCCAUUCAUACAGAGCCUUCCACGACGGAAAAGCUGACUCCCUCACCCUAAGUGUGAAGAGAUGCCAUCAAACACGCAAACUCAAAAUCUCCGUCGGCUAUCCUCAAGAAGCCUAUGUUAUAAUUGGUAAGGGUGUAGGCUUCGUUAUGAGAGUAGUUGUAGUUAUGCAGGCUGGUUUAGGUAUUACUUGCUUCAGUCUCGGACAGAGUCCCGCUCAUCAUCCAUCAUGGUUUUCGGUGUUUCGCUUGGUGCUUCGUUUAUGGUAUGUUCUAUUCUCGUAUACUCGUAUGAAACAGAAUAUUUGGUGGAACAAUGCAACAAGAUACUCUACCGCACCUCGCACUAUCAUCGACCAGAACCUUCCGCAACACAACAUAGCCAACAUGCGUUCUGCAACCCUUUGGCUUUGA